AUGGUGCUCGCAAAGUCCAAAAACUCCGUGGGACUGGGCAAUAGUCUCAUGAAUGAUCGAUUCGGCAAAGGCAAAGCAUCAUCACAGAAGAAAGUAUCGCACAAUGCCGCCAUUGCACGAAAGAACCAAAGCGGCGAGACAUAUAUCACAAACGCGGCCAAGGAAGCAUCAUGGGUGAAAAUGCGAAGUAUUACCGAGCAAGCAGCGCUCGACGAGUUCCUAAGCACGGCCGAAUUAGCAGAUACCGAUUUCACAGCGGAGAAGAUUAAUAAUGUUAAGAUUAUACAUACCGAUCAAAAGAACCCCUUCCUUCUAUCGGCAGCAGAGGAGCGAUUUGCUGUGAAGAAACAGCAGAAGAAUAAAGAACGGUUGACUAUCCCAAGACGGCCGAAGUGGGAUGAACGUACAACAGCUGAGAAAUUGGAUACAAUGGAGAGAGAGUCGCUGCUUGAAUGGAGAAGAGGACUCGCCGAAUUGCAAGAGAAUAAUGACCUCUUAAUGACUCCGUUUGAAAGGAAUCUGGAGGUUUGGAGACAGCUAUGGCGUGUUAUUGAGCGCUCGGACCUAGUUGUGCAAAUCGUUGACGCAAGGAACCCAUUACUCUUUCGCUCAGAAGAUUUAGAGACGUACGUGAAGGAGGUCGAUGCUAAAAAGCGAAAUCUUCUGCUAGUCAAUAAGGCGGAUAUGAUGACACUAGAACAGCGAGAGUUGUGGGCCGAUUACUUUGAGGAGCACGGCAUUAGCUACCGUUUCUUUUCGGCUCAUCUAGCUAAAGAGCGGAAUGAGGCACGUCUAUUGGAGGAUGGUGAGGAAGUUUCAAGUGACGAAGAUAAUGAUUUGGCGGAGGAGACUCAGCGAAAAAUGGAUAUCCAAGAUAAGAAACUCGCUGAUGAGGAAUGGUCCAGCGAAGAAGAUUUGGAUAAAGAAGCACGGAAAGACUUGCAGUCGACAACAACUCCUAGCGAUCUGAGAACCAGGAUUUUAGACGUUGAUGAAUUAGAGGAAUUAUUCCUUGCAAAUGCGCCUCAGCCUAGCGGACAGAGUGAGGAUUCUGAUAAGCCACAAAAGGACAAGACAAUCAUCGGCCUUGUCGGGUAUCCUAAUGUCGGAAAGUCAAGCACGAUCAACGCAUUACUUGGAUCCAAGAAGGUGUCUGUCUCAGCGACCCCCGGUAAAACGAAGCACUUCCAGACCCUCUAUCUAUCGCCCAACCUUCUACUGUGUGAUUGCCCUGGUUUAGUAUUUCCAAAUUUUGCCAGCACUAAAGCCGAGCUCGUCGUGAAUGGUGUGCUUCCCAUUGAUCAAUUGCGCGAGUUCACAGGUCCUGCGGGUUUGGUGGCACAGCGCAUUCCAAAACAUUUUCUAGAGGCUGUGUAUGGCAUGAAAAUUCACACCCGACCUCUCGAGGAAGGCGGCACUGGAAUACCAACGGCAAAUGACCUUCUUCGUGCCUAUGCUAGAGCUCGUGGUUUCGCAACCACUGGUCAAGGUCAGCCUGAUGAGUCUCGAGCUGCACGUUAUGUCCUUAAGGACUAUGUCAAUGGAAAACUACUCUACUGCCACCCACCCCCAGCAUCUUCGAAUGCAAACGACGAAGACAGCGCAGGCAGCCCAGUUGUUGACCCUGCCGAGUUCAACCGCGAUUUGUACAAUCUCGCACAUCUACCAGAGAAAAGACGCGCACAAUUACUCAAGGCAGCAGCUGCUACUGGCGAAGGACUCGACAAUCUCGACGACAAUGCCUCCGAAUUCUCCGCCGCAACAGGACUCUCCUCCCUUGCCCCAUCGUCAGCCAAAUUCGUAGAAGAAACGGGCAAUCGAUCUCGCGGUCUCGACAAGGGGUUUUUCGGACCUGGCUCAACCGGUGCUGGACACUACAUGGCAAUGCCAUUUAAUCACAAGUACUCGGAGCAAGGAAAAGCGAAACAGCUUACGGGGCGCAAGGAGAAGAUGAUGAUUGCACUAGAAAAAAAUAUAGACCCGUCCGAAGUUGGGCGUUUGGCUUCUUCGAAGAAGCAUUUCAAGGGUGGGAAGAGAACUCAUAAGGGCAAGGGAAAGCCGGGCUCAUUCUUUUCUGGGGCUGAUGAUUAUGUUUGA